GCCAUGUCUACUUUGUUUCCCUCACUCUUCCCCCGUGUGACUGAGACGCUCUGGCUUCAUCUGGACCGGCCCUGUGUGGAGGAGGCCGAACUGCCGCAGCAGGAACAGCAGCAUCAGGCCAGGCUCCAGAGCAUUGCAGGAAAGGACAACCUGGUACCUAUUGGCAAGCCAGCCUCAGAGCACUAUGAGGAGGAGGAGGAAGAAGACGAUGAAGAUAGUGAGGAAAUAGUGAGGAAGACUGAGGAUGAUGAGGAUAUGCAGGACAUGGACGAGAUGAACGAUUACUGUGAGUCCCCUGACGAGGGCGAGGUCAGAGAGGCGGACAUGGAAGGCACCGAGCAGGAUCAAGACCAGUGGGUGAUUUAG